UCAUAAAUCUCAUCGGUUUACAAAAAUGGAUACAGAUGAUAGUUCAUGGAUAUUUGAUUCGUUAGUUUGUUUUUUAAAUGGUCCUGUAUGGACAGCACCGUUAAAAUCAUUUAUUGAAGAAAAAUCAUUAAUAUUUGAAUUAAGUAAUGAUCAGAAUAAUCUGGAAUAUAAAAUUGUUUUUGAAGAGUUUCAAAACUUAGUUGAUUUAAUGUUAGGCACAUAUAUGGAAGAUAUUGGUAUUACCCCAGAACAAUUUGAAACCGCUUGUAGUAAACAGUAUACAAGUGAAUUACCGGUACAGUUUCAUAAGAAUUUAUUCGAACAAAUAUGGGCAGCAAAUGAUUACAAUGUGUUUGUACGAAUGAUGUGUCAGAAAAAUAUUGAAUUACAAUUACAGGCUUUAGAAUUGAUAAAAACAAAACAUGGGCUAACAUUUGAUAAUUUAUUUAAAUCAGAAGCAUUAAUUAAUACAACAACAGCUGACACAAAUGAAAUCGAUGAUGCCGAAAACACAUUCAUCUUAAACGAAAUUAAAAAACAAGUAGCUGCAGAACAACGAGAAUCACAACCAAAUAUUAACGAUGAAGAAUUGAAUCAAAUAUCUACAGAUUUUGAAAAGAAUUUACAAAUUGAAUUAAAUAUUAAGAAACAGGAGCUUGAUAGUGCAUUAGAGUCAGCUAUUGCAGAAUCAGCCUCAAAUUAUACAACAGAAAAACCUCCAUCGCCAAUUGAAUCUGAAGAAGCAAAUAAUGAGCCAACAACUCCACCACAAACAACUACAGCAGUACCACUUCCUGACAACACAAUUAAGUUUAAAAAAAUCGACGAGUUGGAAUUAAAAAAACGACAGGAAUAUUUAAAAGCACAACGUGAUAAAUUGGUAGCACUAAAAAAACAAGCACGUGAAAAACAAUUAAAAACAAGUUUAGAUGGCGAGACCAGUAAAGAGAAACGUCCAAAAUCAGCUAAAGUUGCUGAAGCAGUUUUGGCUACAAGUGUUGGUAGUAAAAUUGAUACACAAUCAUUACAAAUACGACGAGCAUUAGCUGAACGACUUCGUACUGAAGUUGUCAGUCAUAAAGAUUAAUUUAUAAUACAGUUCUUUAAGUUUUUUGGUAAUAGAUUUUAGUUUUUUUGGAUAUCACUAAUUUUAUAAUUCAUUUUCAGUUGAUUAAAUAUGAAAUAUUAUUUAAUAUAUAAUUAACAAUGUUAAUACGGGCGUUUGUUCAAGUAAAGCUCGUAUUAUACGGAUAUAAAUUCACAAUACAAUCAGAAACAAAUUCCAUAUAAUGCGGGUUAAACUUACCGCUGAUACCCACGUGUUAUCGGUCCAGCACACCUAAUGUUUAAUUAAUAAAGAAAAUAUUUUUUGUGCAAUUUCAAAAAUGUUUUAAUUAUUUUUAAAACCACAAAGACCAUUAAAGUUUUCAGCGCAAAC